AUGACCCAGGCUGGCCUCCAUGUCAUCUUCGACAGCGCCUCCAACGAUCCUCCCCGCGUGGCAGAGCUAGAUGUUGUCGCUGUCCACGGCCUCAACUUCAAGAACAGCGAUGAUCACGCCCGGAAGACAUGGACGAUGGGUGACAAGCUCUGGCUGAAAGACUUCCUCCCGAACGCCCUUUCAAGACCCUCUCGGGUGAUGCUCUUCGAAUACAACUCGAGUCCUGCCAUUGGUGCGACGGCUAUCAAACUGGCCGGCCACGCGAACAACUUGCUACAAUGGCUCAAACUGAAGCGGAAGGCACUCGUCGCAGCCACAUUAGAUGUUGCAUACAGAUCUAUCGUCGAGGCGACCCGUCUUCUCGUUUUCUUUGCUACGCCACACCAGGGCGGGAAUUAUGCCAGUCUUGGUGACAUCGUGGCCAAAAUAGUCAGAACGGGCAUGUCCAAGCCAAGGAAUGACCUCCUUGAUGCCUUAAAGGAAAACUCGGACCAAGCGACGCAACGAUUCGAACAAGCUCGCCAUUUGCCCGAGAAAUGUCUUGUCGUCAGCUUCUACGAGGGAGACCCGUAUGGCAAGAUAGGUCUUAUUGUUGACAAGAAAUCUGCUACAUUGAAUCUCCCGGGUACACGUGAGAAGCAGAUAGCCAUGCAGGCUGAUCAUAGCACUAUUUGUAAAUUUGAGUCCGCCGACAGCCCCGCAUGCGAGCUGGUUUUGGGGACCAUCGCUGACGAGGUCGACCGCGCUCUGACGAUGGAUGGGCCUGCCCCUUGCCGCAUGCCCGGGUAUCCUUUGAACUCCAUAGCACCAGUAAAAACCUUUGUUCAGCGACCAGCUCUUCGUGACAGCAUCCGAAAUCAGCUCAUGAGACCCCUCGAGGCUAAUAAACAAGGGGAGGUAAAGAAGGUGGGAGUAUGGGGCAUGGGCGGAGCGGGAAAGUCACAGCUAGCUCUAAGCUACCUGCAGCAUUAUCGAACCGAGUAUGACGCCACAUUCUGGAUUCAAGCGGACCAGACGGCCUCUAUUGACCGAGACUUCCUAGCCAUCUACCGACUUCUAGGAGAUACUACGUCUUUACUAUCCGAUCCAAAUGCCGAAGACGUGAAGCGAGAAGUACUCAGCUGGUUUGCUAGAGCAUCUGGAAAGUACCUUGUCAUCUUCGACGGUGCCGAUUCUUUGCACCAAACAGACAAAAGCUUUGUGGCGUUGUCUGAAUACUGCCCGGGAUCUCCCAACAUACACAUUAUUAUCACGAGUCGAACAUCCAUCGCGAAAUCUAUGUCGACGUUCGAAGGAGUUUCUGUCGGGGAACUUGAAGAGUCACAAAGUGUUGAACUCUUCCUGACUUGCGCAGAGAUACGACCACCGCGGGAUAAUGUGGUGGCUGAAGCUGAAUUCAUUGUGAAGGAGCUGGGUUACCUUGCCCUGGCAAUCAGCAUGGCGGGAAACGUCAUGACAGUGUGGGAGACGUCUUACGAUGCGGUAUCCGAGCACCUUCCGGAAGCAUGCCGGCUUCUAACAUUGUUGUGUUUUAUUCAUUACGAUGACAUCUUCAUCGAGCUGUUCGGCCUACACAUUGAUUCAGGCUCAACAGAAGUUGCAGCAUGGACAUCAGUUUUAGGGUGUCAAAUUAGGGUUGACUUGCAUCAGUUGGAGAAAUGUUUUCGGGUUCUGGAAAACUACUCACUCUGCCAGCGCAAGGUGAUGCAAACCUCAUACUCGAUUCAUCGCCUUGUUCAUGCCUGGGGCUACGAUCGACUACAAGGCGACGGGGACGAAGUGAAACGCUUUUGGUAUGCAGCAUCACAGCUCCUGGAUGAUUACCUAAAGACUAUCAGUGAUCGCCAGGAUGGUCCUGCGUCAAAGCUGCGAGUUGUGCCACAUUUGACAGACAACAUCCACAGCUUUAAGGGGGCCUCAACAGUCAUUGACUUGAACGAAAUCGAUUGGCUUGAGACAGUAGAAAGUUUUGGCCUUUUUUUUGUGGAGAUAGGGCGCUGGAAUGACGCAGCAUUAUCUCAAAGGGAGGUGUUUGAGAAAAGGCAGCGGAUCCUUGGCGAUGAGCAUCCAGAUACAAUCACGGCCAUGAGCAACCUUGCAAAUACGCUAAGCGACCAAGGCAAACUGGACGAAGCAGCAUCGAUGAUGAAGGAGGUGCUUGAGGAACGGCAGCGGAUUCUUGGUGAUGAGCAUCCAGAUACAAUCUCGGCGAUGAAUAACCUUGCAUUAACGCUAAGCGACCAAGGCAAACUGGACGAAGCAGCAUUGAUGAAGAGAGAGGUGCUUGAGAAGAGGCAGCGGAUUCUUGGUGAUGAGCAUCUAGAUACAAUCAAGGCGAUGAGUAACCUUGCAAUUACGCUAAGCGACCAAGGCAAACUGGACGAAGCAGCAUUGAUUAUGAGGGAGGUGCUUGAGAAGAGGCAGCGGAUUCUUGGUGAUGAGCAUCCAGAUACAAUCAAGGCGAUGAGUAACCUUGCAUUAACGCUAAGCCACCAAGGCAAACUGGACGAAGCAGCGAUGAGGAUGAGGGAGGUGCUUGAGAAGAUGCAGCAGAUUCUUGGUGAUGAGCAUCCACAUACAAUCACGGCGAUGAAUAACCUUGCAUUAACGCUAAGCGACCAAGGCAAACUGGACGAAGCAGCAUUGAUGAGGAGAGAGGUGCUUGAGAAGAGGCAGCGGAUACUUGGUGAUGAGCAUCCAGAUACAAUCACGGCGAUGAGUAACCUUGCAAUUACGCUAAGCGACCAAGGCAAACUGGACGAAGCAGCAUUGAUGAAGAGAGAGGUGCUUGAGAAGAGGCAGCGGAUCCUUGGCGAUGAGCAUCCAGAUACAAUCACGGCCAUGAGCAACCUUGCAAAUACGCUAAGCGACCAAGGCAAACUGGACGAAGCAGCAUUGAUGAAGGAGGUGCUUGAGAAACGGCAGCGGAUUCUUGGUGAUGAGCAUCCAGAUACAAUCUCGGCGAUGAAUAACCUUGCAAUUACGCUAAGCGACCAAGGCAAACUGGACGAAGCAGCAUUGAUGAAGAGAGAGGUGCUUGAGAAGAGGCAGCGGAUUCUUGGUGAUGAGCAUCCAGAUACAAUCACGGCGAUGAGUAAUCUUGCAUCUACGCUAAGCGACCAAGGCAAACUGGACGAAGCAGCGAUGAGGAUGAGGGAGGUGCUUGAGAAGAUGCAGCGGAUUCUUGGCGAUGAGCAUCCACAUACAAUCUCGGCGAUGAAUAACCUUGCAAUUACGCUAAGCGACCAAGGCAAACUGGACGAAGCAGCAUUGAUGAGGAGAGAGGUGCUUGAGAAGAGGCAGCGGAUUCUUGGUGAUGAGCAUCCAGAUACAAUCAAGGCGAUGAGUAACCUUGCAAUUACGCUAAGCGACCAAGGCAAACUGGAUGAAGCAGCAUUGAUUAUGAGGGAGAAACAACCGCUUCUCAAGAGAGUAACUGGGAAGUUGAGACGGGUUCGAGAUUCCUUUCGAUCUGAUCAAAAUUAA